AUGGUAAAACCAGGAAAGCAACCAAGGGUCAAAGGCAACAUGAAGCCUGCGAGCAGCAGCCGAGCUGCAGAGCUCUCAGGAUCGACAUCGCUAAGCUUUGAUAACUUGGGCGGAUUCGCUCAAUUUGCCAAUGCAGGCAUCCCAAAUGCAUCCAACAAUACUUUGCAUUCAAGCACUCCCACAACAGAAGAUCACCUUGAUCCCGGAUUGUCCGUUAUCUUGAAAAAGGUUGCGAAAAGAGAUAUGGUGACGAAACUUAAGGCACUUGAAGAACUUGAGGCAUAUCUUAAAGCACAUCAAGAAUCCAUUCCAGCUAUCCUGUCAACUUGGGUUACUAUGUACGGAAAGCUCACAAUGGAAGUUGAUCGACGGGUGCGUUUAGCAGCCAACAGUGUCCACGCAUUGGUGACCAGUCAGGCUGGUAAAAAAUUGGCGCCUCAUCUCAAAGAUUUCGUAGGUCCUUGGAUGAUGACCCAAUUCGACCAGAGUCGUGAUGUGGCUAGGGCAGCCAAAACAUCGUUUGAGACUGUGUUUUCUGAAGAGAAGCGAGCAGGCGUGCUUUUAUUCUGUCAAAAAGAUAUUCUUGAAUUUAUUAUCGAAAUGCUCCUUUAUAAGACUCCCGAAACACUCAGUGAUCCUCGUUAUGUAACCAAGGAAGACAUGGACGCAAAGUUUGCGCGUGUCAUUUCCUCAAAUAUUUAUUGCAUCUCUUAUUUGAUCGGCCAAUUACCUAUCGAGGACCGUAAAAAGUCCAGCGACGUGUAUGAUAAGCUAUUUGAUGACCCUGUAUUCUGGAAAUAUGUGAGCCAUCAAAGCCCUAUGAUUCGCAAUGCAGUAUAUAGCCUCAUCAAGACCCUGUUACUUCUUUGGCCAGAUAUUCUUAAGACUCGCCUAGAGCUUGUCUGCCCUGUUUUCUUUGCGGCCGUUUUCAAUGAAAAGGACGGGUCUACUCAUUCUUCAAUGUGGGAUGCAUUGUUAUUGAUUACUAAGAAAUUCCCCGAAUCUUGGAUCGUUAUUGCAAAGAAGAAGUCCGCUAUUCCAAAGCUUUGCAACUUUUUACGAUCAGGCCUGAAUGGAUCAGUUGGUAUUUCCUAUCCAAGUAUAUUGGCUCUUCUUGCCAAUCUUCCUAAAGAGUUGAAGCAAGCACCAAACUUUUACAAGGAUGUUUUUGACAGUCUCUGGAAAAGUCUUUCGACUGACUUUAUUGAUAGUUCGAAUUCUCACAUAUUUUUGAAUUCCUAUGUUGAGUGUGCUGUUUAUUUUAUUGUCAUGGAAAGUAAAAACGAAGAUGAAAAUACAAAGCCAAUAGUUGAUUAUUUAAUUAACACAGUUCUCUGGAGACCAUACGAACUAUUCUUUAUCGAUGUGCGCGGUGUCAGCGGUCAUGAGAAGCUUGAUAUUAAGAACUACUUGAUACUUGCAAAGCAUCUGUCUGUGCUUGUUUCUUCUGAUAGUGUCAAAGGUGUGUCUUGUCCUCUAAAUGAAUCAUCGCUAACUAUUAUUUUGUUAGACCUUAUGGAGCCAUUCUGGACUUUACUUGAUAAUCUGCUCAGCCAAACUAUCACAGACUGUAGUACUAAAUUAUCCAAGUCAAUUGAUCUGGAAAAUCUGUGUUAUAAGGCUGGAGGGUUUAUGAUGGAGCUUUGUAAUGAAUUGAAUAAGAUUGAAAAAAGUGGUAGUAAAGAUGCAAUGGCACAUGCUAGUAAGCUAGCAAGACGCCUGUUACUAGCUUCUAUAAAAUCUAGCAUAACGCACAAAGAUCAAUCCCACGCACUUUUGAUACUUGCCGAUCAACUGUUAUCAAGCUAUUCGAAUGAAUUGUUGGAUACAGAUGAGCACUCAAAGGAAAUAUUGGUAUCAUCCAAAGAGCUCUUAACUUUGAUUACACAAGGCCCACAACAGAGCAUUGGGUCAUUGGUUGCAUUCUAUACAAAGCUUGUAUUUUCUCUAUCCGAAAAGCCCUCCAAAGAGUUAUGGAACUCUGUUAUUUCUAUGCUAAAGGAAUUGAAUGGAAAAACUAAAGAUAGCCAAGCUGUACUUUGUCAAUCCCAAGUGAUGCUACUGCUACUCGAGCAAAUCAAAAAAGAAGGAGCCUCUAUGGAUUAUAAGAGCGAAGAACUCGAUUCUUUGGUUCAAUCAUAUGCUUCUCAAUUACUUGAUAGCGAGAAUACUAACGAAUUCUUAGAAGUACCUGUGAUCAGAGAGACACUGGAACGCAUUCUUGCCUCAACAAUCUCCUUGAAUUCAGUGCAUCCUGUUGUGUCAGAAGACACACUCAAAAAAUUGAUAGCCAGCCUUCAGUUAACCCUGAAAAAUUUCAAUGGGUUCCAAUACAUCAUCAAGAGUAAUUCUUCUGAACCUUCAACCAAACUCACCCAGAUCACACUGUCUUCUCUCAAGGUGCUAUAUGAUACUAUCACAGCAUCUCCUGUAGAUACGCUUCCAGCAGAAGUAUUCGAAUGUCUUCCUGGAGAGGUUUUCGAUGCAAUUUUUUCCAAAAAUUCUGUUAUUGAUCCUGAGGCUGCACCUAUUCAAACUGUAGCUGAUAUGGCUUCUCUUGUGUGGGAUAUUAUGGUGGCUAAAUCCAAUGGAAAAACAUUGAUUCAGCCUAUUCUUAAACGUGUAAAGUCAAGUAUUAACAAUAUCAGUUUCUUUGCAAGUCCAUCUGAUUCUGCAAAGAGAGUCCAGAAAUUACUUUCUAGUGUCAAUGACAAUAUUCGACAAGAAAGCAUGGAAUAUUUAUUUGGUACUCGUGAAGAAUGGAAAAGCCUUGCCCGACCUUUUGAACAGCACACCCGUGUGUUUUCUACUCUUGCCAUCCAAGAUCCCCUUGCUGGACUCGUAAACUGCAGCCUUGUAGAUGACGAUGAUGAACUUCUUCCUGUUUCAUAUGAUUUGUAUGGCUUGAGCGCAUACGGUCGUACUGCUUUAUUCGCUGCUGAAUACAUUUUCUCCAAUUCUACAAAUUUGUCUAAUACAACCGAUUGGAUAAUGAUUGAGCUAAUGGUAGCUCGCCUUGCAUGUCAGUCAGGUCUUGAAGUCCCAGGAUUGUGCCGUGUCUGGGACAACAAGAUUCCAGAAAGCGCAUUAGGAAUACAGGCCUUUGUACACCAAAUGGACAAACUAUUUGUAAAGUGGAUUGACGAUUUAACUACGAACGCAUCCUUUAAUGCCUUGAGUUUACUGAAUGAUUUGAAGCAAAAAGUCAAGUCUGAGUACGACAGUCGUCUCAAGAGUGUACUGAUGGAAUUGUUGAGCACCCCUGCAUUAUCCGUUGCAACAGAUUUCUCUCCUAAAGAUGUCUAUCUGGCUAAUAUCUUGGAGAUGGUUUUGCGACUUUCGUUGCAAAAUCUGGAAUGGAGUACCGAUGAUGUUGCCCCAUGGACAAGUGUAUUGAAGGCUGAAUCAACUGAAUUGAGCUUGUUAGGAAAGGUAGCCACCAUGAUGGCUUUCAAAGAAACUAUGGGCGAAUCUCCUAUGUUUAAAAACCUACAGAGUGACCUGGUCAGCAAGCUCUCUUCUAUAUCAAAUUUGGAAGAUUUCCAAGACAGUCAUAAGAAACCAUGGAGUUUGUUGGUCCUCUUAAAUAUUUCUUCACUCAAGUUCAAGUACAUUUCUAUUCCUACUCAGCGUUUGAUGCAUCUUAUGCUUGCAAUGCGAAAAUGGUUUACUAGCAAGUCAUCCCCUGAUACUGAACAAGCCAUGAUGCAUGUCCAGAUUGCACAACUGUUCUCUCAUCUUGCAGAGUCUCUUCAAGAUGUUUCUGGUGGCCAAUGGAGUCUUUUCCUUGGGCAAUGUUAUGAAUGGGUUGCAUUCUCGGAUCCAACGGUACCUGAAGAAAUCACAUUGCUGUACUAUGCACUUUUGUUCUACAAACAACUCGAGGAAAUGGUAUCUGAUGGCAACUCAGAACUUGAAAACAUUAUCCAAGAGUAUGCACCUCGCUUCUCAAAGACAUGUCUUAAGCUUCUUACCUUAGAGAAAGGAGUGAAUAUGUCCCACCCUCGACAAAAGUAUCAGGAGCUAUUAGCAGAUCUGCAUGUCCAAAUCCCUGAUAACAUCUUGUUUGAUGCACUUUCAUUUACUGAUAUGUGUCACUUGCUCAAGGCGCCAACAGAACAGCUCCAAAAGUGCUCAUAUGACUUACUCCGGAGAUCAAUUUCUCACACUGUAGAAGAGCUCUCUGUUCGCAUGGAGUUCACUGAGACGAGUGAGGGAGACACGGACUUCUCGAUCAAUAGGGAUAUAUAUAAAAGUCUUGUGGGCGCUCCUGAUAUGUCCACAUGGCAUUCGGCUAACCUUAAAGACCAGCCUUUGCAUGAAAUACUAGGAUUUUUGUUGUCUUGGCUGUUGAUGUUUGACCAUUUUAAUGAAAUUACUUUCAAAUUGAAGCAAGAAUAUACCUCUCAGUUGAAGGAUGCCGACUUGAUAUCCACUCUCCUCCCAGUACUCUUUAAGAUAUUAGGCACAGGAUAUACUCAGGACAUCAAACCAUUUGAUCUGGCUCCCUGGGACAUUGACUCAUACGAUCUCGAAGGCUUCGAGUCGACUUCAGAAAUAAGUUAUCUGAUUUUGGCUUCCCACCUUUAUUUCCGCGCUUUGAAGCAAGUUCCGUCACUUGUCAGAGCCUGGUGGGUGGGAUGUAAGAAUCGCCAAUUGAUUCUCGGUGUUGAAAGCUACACCGAAAAAUAUUUCAGUCCUCGUUUGAUCAACAAUGAACUUGAUAUGCUCAACCGUCCUGAUAUCAUGUCGGAUUUGGCGGAUAAUGGCGAUAAUACAUUUACUGUCAAGGCUCUCAAGUCUGCCAAUGAAGUGAUGGCCAAUUAUCUGGUGGAUGAUCAAACCUUGAGUGUUUGUAUAAAAUUACCAAAGACCUAUCCUCUGCGCCAGAUUAAUGUUGAGGGUGUUGCCAAGAUCGGUGUGAAUGAAAAGCAGUGGCGUGGGUGGAUGUUUGCCGUAUCUGCUGUCAUUGGCUUCCAGAAUGGAAACAUUGCCGAUGCAUUAACCGUAUUCAAACGAAAUGCAAACCUUCAUUUUGAGGGUGUAGAAGAUUGUACCAUUUGUUAUUCUAUUAUCAAUGUUAUCGACCGAUCGAUACCUAACAAACAAUGCCGAACUUGUAAAAACAAAUUCCAUUCAAACUGUCUCUACAAGUGGUUCAAAUCGUCCAACUCUGCCAGUUGCCCAUUGUGUAGAACAGUAUUUUAAGAGCGUGUUUUUUCUUUAAUAUGUAUCUGUCUUUCCAUCUCUCUUACUCU